GACAGGCCACGCAGGGAGAGAUUUAAAGGAACCUGCGUCUGAGUAGGUAUCGGGUAUAACUGAGCGUUGCCGAGCUCUAAUCAGUGUUUUGUUUCUCGAUCUUCGCUCGCGUGCAUCGAUUCCCGGCGCCUCAGUUUCCGGCUUCCCGUCUUCCGCACCUGUUUUCAAAAAACGGGCCAUUAUAACAAUCCCAAACGUCACGUAUACAUACACAUAUAAUCAGUGCUGCCAAAAAACGAUCACUCUCAGCACUUUGACUGUAAACAAAGCAGGGCAAAUUUGUGAGACUCGUACGGAUCAGCGAAUGCUCCGAAGCUCAUAAGCGAGAAAUCAGAUCCGAGAGCAGCAGCAGCAGCAGCAUCAGGAAGCGGCGAGACGGCACUACCACAACAACAGUCGGGAAAGCGUAAAUAUACUACGCCUGCGCCUCGAGCUUGUCUGCGUAUAGGCUAUACAGUCACGCAUCAGCUUUGCACUCGCGACACUCGCUUGUCGUGUCUCCAGGUGGUUCUCCGUCUCCGUCUUGCCUUCGCCGAAUCGAGUGGCAGUGCGUUGGCCGCAAAAGUGUUGUGCAGUGCGUAGUUCAACAUCCAGAGAUAGCUGCAUCCGCGAGGCGAGAAAAAACAGGGCUGGUCCCACGAAAGUGCAGAGAAAAUAAAAAAAAGGCCGCCGCCGCCGUGUGUGUGCGCGUGAUACUGUGGAUUCUGUCCGUGUCGUCGUCGUCGUCGUGUGUCCGUGCGUGCGAGCGCGACGGCCAACAUUACGACGAUUCACGUUCUAUGAGCGCUAAGGGCCAAGGGGACCCUGGAGAAGAUCUCGCAUCCAGGGUAGGAGCAGAGAGCCCUUGCAGCGACAUGAAGCGUGCAGCUGCCAAAAAGUUAAUUGAGCGAUACUUCUACCAGCUGAUCGAUGGCUGCGGUAAUCCCAGCUGUGACAAUCAGUAUUGCGCCUCUAGUGGCAAAGUUACAAACCUCACAGCAAACGAGGCUGCAGCUCAGGCCAUCAGCUUGUUUUCACAAGAUGCAAGAUUGUGCGACGGUGUGCAACCAAGUAAAGUUGCCAGAACAACUCUGGAGCCAGGUCCAGCAUCUCUGGCCAAAAGCUUACCAAACAAAAAUGUUAAUCCUACGUGCUCUGUGGAAGGAAAAGCAGUGCCAUAUCUUACAGAAACCAAGCUUUUGGAUAUCAUUAACAAAUGCAAAUCGGAUGGUUCAUAUUCUCUUCUCAUUAGGACAUUGGGAGAAGUGUUUUUAUCGGCACAAGCUUUGAGUCUGAGUUUUCAAAAGUCUGAAAAGGACGACUCGCCGCUUACAGCAUUACUCGAUAGGGCACCUGCAUCCUUACUAUGUCCACCAGGAGACUUGAGUAAAGAAGCUGUUAGAUCUCUCCAGGGAGAGGACAAGGAAGAAGACAGUAGUGAUCCCACACCCACAGUUCCUCAACUCGAUGAUACCAGUGUGGAUUUACCUGCUGUUCGUCGAGCUUUCGCGGCGCUUUGGUCCUUGCCAGGAGAAGCAUUUGAAUCUGCAUUGCUACACGCUCUAGUCAUAUUGGCCGAUACCAUAGAAAUACACUUGCGAAUAUCCAGUGUCCAUAACGCGGACAGUACGGAUACUCUGUUAAAUGUAUUCUUAAUUGUUUUCGAAAUACCUGCACUCGAAUCCCCCGAGUAUUUAGAACAGGCCUUGCACAUGCUGUGUAAAGCUGCAAGUUGCUUACCCAUCGCGGCGCAAGCAAAACUUGCACGUAUUUGGGCUCGGCACUGCAAAUCUCGUUUACCAAGUUUACUUCAAGCUCUCCAGCAACUUAUUACUGUUAAGGUUAUUGGUGGCUCUUUCACACGAGAUUAUUGCGUUCAAGACACGGAUACUAUCACAGCACCAACGAAAGUUAUGAAAAUUUUGUACUAUGCUAGUAUUUUAGCUGGUGAGCUGGAUUCACCAGAUCUUGCCCACGACGAAGACGGCGAAGCAAAUAGUUCUGAAAAACCUAGCCAAAGAACAGUGACUCCUCAGGAUCCAUUAGCUGUUGAAUUAGCUAUAUCGUCCUUGGACGCUCGUAUUCCUCUUAUACCUUUUACCGACUUCUACAACGAACCGUUAAGCGAUGCAGUUGAGAUGGACAAGGAUUUUGCGUAUUAUAAGAGUGAACAGCCAAUGAAAUUUAGUUUUAUGAAUUACGCGUUCAUUCUUACGCCUGCUACAAAAUCUCUUGGCUUGUACUAUGACAAUCGUAUAAGAAUGUACAAUGAACGUAGGAUGAGUUUUCUACAAACAGUAGUUGGACAGCCCACAAAUCCGUACCUUAGAUUAAAGGUCAGGAGGGAUCACCUCAUCGAGGAUGCUCUAGUUGAAUUGGAAGUAGUAGCUAUGGAAAAUCCUUAUGACCUUAAGAAACAAUUAGUUGUUGAAUUCGAAGGGGAACAAGGAGUUGACGAAGGCGGAGUUUCGAAAGAAUUUUUCCAAUUAGUAGUUGAAGAAAUUUUUAAUCCUGAUUAUGGAAUGUUUACAACACAAGAGGAUACACAAACGAUGUGGUUCAACCCAACGUCUUUUGAAAGUGAUGCACAAUUUACACUUAUUGGUGUAGUUCUUGGAUUAGCAAUUUACAAUAACGUAAUUUUGGACGUGCGUUUUCCUAUGGUUGUGUAUCGUAAAUUGUUGGGUAGAAAAGGAAGUUUCUCUGAUUUAGAAGAUUGGAACCCGACCCUUUAUCGUACAAUGAUGGAAAUGCUGGAGUACACUGGGGAUGACAUGUCGGAUACGUUUAUGCAAACAUUCAAAGUUGGUUACAAAGAUGUAUUUGGUUCCCUAUUAUUCCACGAACUAAAAGAGAAAGGCGACGAAAUUUACGUUACCCAAGAAAACAAAAGAGAAUUUGUAGAUCUAUAUGCAGAUUUCUUACUUAAUCAGUCCGUGGAGAGGCAAUUCAAGGCAUUCAGACGUGGUUUCCAAAUGGUUACAGACGAAAGUCCAUUAGCUUUGUUGUUCAGACCAGAAGAAAUCGAACAAUUAGUUUGCGGGAGCAAGAUUUUCGACUUUGCUGAAUUGGAGGCGGCUACAGAGUACGAAGGUGGAUAUUCAGUUGAGAGCGAGGCGAUACGUAACUUCUGGCAAGUCGUUCACUCAUUGACGCCCGAAGAUCAGAGGAGACUUCUACAAUUCACAACGGGUAGUGAUAGAGUACCCGUCGGAGGUCUUUCACGUCUAAAAAUGGUCAUCGCGCGUCAUGGUCCAGACUCUGACAGAUUGCCAAUAGCUCAUACGUGCUUCAAUGUGUUGUUGUUACCAGAUUAUAGUACGAUAGAAAAGCUGCAAGAUCGUCUGUUGAAAGCAAUUAAUUAUUCAAAGGGCUUUGGUAUGCUUUAAGCAAUUAAGAAGCGCUUAUUUCAUUAGCGAUAACGCGUAUCAGGAGAAAAAACUAAUUCUCUUAGUCCCAGAUUUUUAUUUAUUGUGAAUGUUAUGCGAAUCUAUACACUUUCUUCUGUAUUUAAAAUCUUGCGGAUUUGACAAUUUUUAUGAACGCGUGCUUGCGAAUCGAAGAUUCAUCAUUGCAAACUUUUUUAAUUACUUUUUACGCGGACAAAAACUGUUGAGAAACUUCGCUAGCGAUGACGUUUCUUUAUGUGUAAUAAAUUGAACUUGAAAUUGGCAAGUACAGUGUAAAAGUCCAAAUAAGUCGUGAGAAGAGUGACUGUGAUGCGAGUACUAGUAGUGGUCGAGUAAUCCGAUAAUAAAUAAUGUACAGAACGUUUUACAAAUGUACAUGUUAUUUUUUUUUAAAGAAAUUCUUAACCUACUAGGUUUUAUGCUUCAUAAAAGGAUAGAUGCAUAUGAAGCCCUUUACUCCACUUUUCUUCUGUUGCUAAAUACUUGCACAGGAUAAAUUGGCUUUAAAUUUAUACAAGUACGCUGAUAAGCAUUCUGUGUAUGUACAUAUUAUUAUAAAUAUAAACUCUCAACGCGUAAUUGCUAUAACAGCAGCACUUGAAUUAUAUCUAGCCGAAGUGUGACCCCCCCCCCCUCCCAAGCUAUGGAGAGCUAAUAUAAAAGUUACAAACAAAACACAAGUGAAAUCUUUGUAAAAAUGUCUAAAUCGUUAUACCUUUAUUUGAGCACGUUUUGUAUUCAUAUUUUGCGGCAUACAAUAUAAAAAUACAAAAUUGAAUUUA